AUGUCUUCUGCCGGCCACGCAUCCUCCAACGUCCUCAUCGAUAAGUUCGAUGGGGAUAACUAUUCGACCUGGAGUCGAUACAUGCGUGGCGUGUUCCUGACAAAGUCAGUGCGGCAUGCUGUCAACCGGGAGAGCUCCCCAACCUUCGUGGAUCCUCGAGCGCAGGAAUACUACGUCAAGACCAACAACAUCGCGUUUGGAAUGAUGUUGCUGCACAUGGGUGCGGACUACCACCAUGUGGUUGACAACUGCGAGGAAGCGUGGGUUGCGUGGCAAAGCCUGAAGGUGCUGUACGGUGGAUCCCAGAAAGCGGGAAGGAUCUACCUCAAGCGUCAACUCUUCAGCAUGAAGAUGUAUGAAGGCGCCAACGUCGUGCAUCACUGCAACGAGGUCCUGAACAUCGCCGCCAAGCUUAGCAGCACUCGGUGCGAAGCUGGAGGACGAGGACGUAGCAAUUUGCCUGCUUCUCAGUCUCCCUAA